AUGAUAAAGAAACUGAUUGACCAGCCUUUGGUAACGCACGUUAACGUUCGUGACUUUGGUUUUAAGAAGAUGCCAGAGAGUUUGAAGUUCUUGGGGUAUGUUAAUAUAGUUUUUGAUGUUUAUUUACAAGUUUAGACAGAAAGAAGCUGCUGCUAUCGACAAAGAAUUGUUUGAGGACUAUGGCUUUAGUGUGGAUCAGUUGAUGGAGUUGGCUGGAUUGAGUUGUGCUCAAGCUAUUCAUCAUAACUACGGACCCUGUAAGUUUGGUUUGAAUGGCGAUGUUUUUGUUGUUGUUAUGUAUUAAAGACGUUGUUUUUAGGCCCUGUAUUGGUCCUAGCUGGACCAGGAAACAAUGGUGGAGAUGGCUUAGUGUGUGCCAGACAUUUGAGGCUUUUUGUAAGUUAAAUUUUUGUUUUGUUGACAUUUAGGUAAUGAAACCUUUAUAAAUUGAUAAAUUUAGGGAUUUCAACCAACAAUUCUGUAUCCAAAACCUUCAAAAUCUCAGUUGAUGCAAAACUUAGUGAAACAAACAACUUUGAUGGAGAUUCCUUACAUUGAGAAGCUUCCAGAAGACGUCAGUUCUGUCUAUCAUCUUGUUGUAGAUGCCUUCUUUGGAUUUUCGUUCAAACCGCCUCUACGUGAGCCAUUUGGAGAGAUGAUGGAUUCUAUAGUGAAAGCAAACGCUACAGUGUUUUCGAUUGACAUUCCGUCAGGUUGGGACGUUGAGAAUGGACCUCCAGAAGAUGGAACAGUAAAGUUAUUGCCAAAGUCAAUGAUUUCAUUGACUGCGCCAAAGAAAUGUGCCAAACAUUUUAAGGGUACGCAUUAUUUAGGCGGGCGAUUCGUUCCUCAAGCCUUGGCCGAUAAGUAUGAGUUGAAUUUGCCUGAUUAUCCUGGAUCUCAAGGCUUUAUGCUUCUGUCUCACGACAAAGAACAUUGA